ACCAACCACGCCCGGAAAGGCUUUCUACCCCAGCCUUGUUGUUCUCCUCAGCCUAUAUAUUAGAAGAGCUGCUCAACCUCGUUCUUCAUCUAUCCACCAGGUCCAUCUUUCACAAUUGCUCCCAUAACGUUCGUAUAUAUACUAUUUCGAUCAACAACGCAUUGCUCGACCGGACGAUACACUAUCGACCUUGCAAUCGGCAAUUGAGACCUCAAGUCAUCAUCAAGUCAUCAUCAUGUCCCUUAAGCGCAAAGCUUCAUUUCCAAGCCUCGAAUCACAAAAUGCCCCCUUCGGUUCGAUUGGGGGUUUCGGGAAGGGGGAGGAACCACCCCAGCAUUUGAACAGUCGGACACGAAAGCGUUUCAGGAACGACCGGCCAGAAGAGAAAGUUGUAUAUGAGAACACACUUCGGUGGCUUUUCACAGCCCAACAGCAACAAAGAGCCGCCCCCCUUGCAGAUGAGGAAGAACAAAUGAAUCACGAACCAACACUAUCCCCUGAGACGGUCGACCCGCGCCAGCAGACGUUACUCAAAUUUUUCCGUCCUUGCCAAUCAUCCCCCAAUAAAUCGCACUCGAACAGCUUUAUGCCGAAGACCAGCGAGACUCCGUUCUUUGGCGCGACACCUGUGCACCUUCACAGUAUGCCAAUCUCGGCUCCGGGACAUUUAAUGGAUAGCGACACAUUCAGCCGUCCUUCUCAGACCACGGAUACUGAUAUGGAUGUCGACAUGGAGUCGGCUAGUGAUGAGUCGAACUGCUCAUCCAGAGCACCAGCUGGCGGACUCGCCUGGAUGGGACACCCUAGGUUCUGAGCGCCAAACGAAGAACCUGAUCUCUUCUAUGUCGCAAUCGACAAUCUCUUUUCAAUUAGCGAUGAUACCAAACCUUACACUUCGUCACACUGGGGUUGACUUACCGGCUGUUGCUGGUCACGUCGGUUCUAUUCAGACCCCAACCUGAUGCGUCUUGUCUUGGACAACAACUGAAUGACGUCACUCAUUUGUAUACUUCACAGCCUCGAUUGAGAAGCUGUGUUCUUGCUCCGAAACGAGCUUGAAUGUCUCUGGCCCUGCUUGCAUUAUUGAUGUGGCUUGGGAGGCUGAGACGGCCGCGGCUUCGGACGCAGCCUCUAUGUGAAUUAUAUCUACAUAAUACUAUUGAGCAUUAGAACACAAAGCUUGUAUAACC